CUUCAAACAUUACCAAAAAAACCUUAGUUACAUGUCUACGAUAUUUCCCUGAUACACUCUUUCAUUUUGGUUCACCUUCAUCUUUGAUUUUAUUUUUCAUCACUUUCAAAAUGAAGAUUCUGGGUGCAGGGUCCCUUCAUCUUAUCUAUGCACUCCUGGUUUUACUACAUAUGCAAACUUCAAUUGGAUCCAAUUCAACAACAACUGAUGAUGGAGUUAAGUGCAUAAAGAGCGAAAGACAAGCUCUCCUCGCAUUUAAGCAAGGUCUGGUUGAUGAACAUGGGAGGCUUUCCUCAUGGGGCAGUGAAGAAGAGAAAAAGAAUUGCUGUGAAUGGGAAGGAGUUCAAUGCCUCAGUGGGAAUAAUUUCAACUUAAGCCACAUUCCAGAGUCUAUUGGUUCACUCAACAAAAUGCAACAUCUUGAUCUCUAUUAUUGUAAUCUAAGUGGAUCUCUUCCUAGUCAGCUUGCAAACCUCACAAAUCUGCAAUAUCUUGAUCUUAGCUAUAACAAAUUCAACAUCCAAAGUCUUGUGUGGCUCUAUCAUCUUUCAUACUUGCAGUACCUUCGUCUGGGUGGAAAUGACCUUAGUAAGGUCAACAAUGACUGGCUGCAAGUAAUUAAUAAGCUCCCUCAUCUAACUAACCUGUCUCUAGAUGGAUGUAAUCUUCGAGAUGUCAUUCCCCUGUAUUUCCCCAUAAUUAACACUUCUAGUACUUCUCUCGUUCACCUUGAUCUAGGAAGCAACAAUUUGACUGCUUCCACAUUCCAAUGGUUGUUCAACUUUAGCAACAGCCUUGUUAGUCUCAACUUGAGUUCUAAUCAAUUUCGAGUCCUUUGGGAACCUGUGCAAAUUAAGGUAUCUAUGCCUACGUGAUAACCAUCUUGAUGGAAUGCCUCUUGAACUCAUUGUGCAUUACUUCAGUUUCAAUAUGUUUCUUCACACUUCAAGGACUCAACUUCUCCAUUUUGUCUUGCUGGUGUCAGUAAUAAUAAAUAACAAAUCAAACCCGAGUAGAAGGUUAUCUCUUUCUUUCUUUCUGUGUGUAAUAAACCAAUGUAUGUUUGUCUGUGUGGUUUGCAUCUUCUAUUGUAAGGGGCUAACUGCAGCUUCUUGCUAUGAAACUGAGAUUGGAUUUCCAUCUGAAUUCUAUUGGCUUAAAUUCAAUUUUCAUUUUAACAGUCAUUUCUCCUUUUUUCAAAUGAAUUCACAAUUUAAUAUUUGUAUAAUUUUAACUAAAAUUUUCACAAUCUAAUGUUGUAUGUUGCAGUUGUAACAAUUUAGAUGUUUCUUCAUAAAAGGCCAUAGAGAAGGAUUCAGAGAUUCAACCUCAGAUUUGUGGCCUCUUUUAUUCAGAUGGGCUUCCUUCAACCAAGUCCAAGCUACAUUUCCUCUGUGUCUUAGAGCUGUCAUAUAAUAACUCUUUUGGGAAAAUUCCAUCAAGCACCUAAUUGGAGAGCUUUACUGCUUCUGCUUAUUUAUUUAUUUAUUAUUUGUUUAUUUCUUUUGGGUGCUUCUUCAGAAUUCAAGGACUUGAUGUUUUCUUGUGAAGUGAAAUUCCAAGGUAAGUUUUGUUAUCUCAGGAAAAAAGAGUAAAAUUCCAGGCUUUCUUGGCUACCAUAGUCCUCAAGACCACCUUUUUUUUUCCAUUUUUGUGUGCUAAAUUAUGCUUUAUGUGUGUUUUAUUGUAUCAUUUUGUGUUUUGCUUGUUUUUAUUCCACCAUCUAGUUUGUAAGAAUGAAGAACAAGCUAGCAGCAACAGAAAUAAGACUGAAAUCUGAAU